UCUCGCCGCCUCCGCACACCUCUCACCGCCUCCGCCUCGCCCUCUCCUUGCUGGCCGCGGGUCUCCGGCGUUCUCAUCGGUCGCCAUGUCCGCCGCCGCCGCCGCCGCGGCCGGGGGGUUCCCCAAGUGGAUGCUUCUGGAGCGCUACGUCUUCCGCAGGGACGACGAUGAGUCCUUCCCCGACGACUCCAAGGCGCCCAUCAGGGCGUCCGGAACCACCUCUUGGGGCGCCGACUUCCGCAUCGCCUUCUCCGUCGAGGAGCCCCCGCGCAUCUCCCGCCUGUACGCGCAGCUGCCGGGCUUUCCGGAUCCCCUCAAGACGGAGCCGUUAAGCAUGCUGGCGACCCACCGCCAUCUUGCCCUGCUCGUCGUCGUCACCAGAAUCACCACCACCAACACCACCAUCAUCACCCCGAGGCCUUCUAGAGCUUUAGUUCAGAACUUCUUCAUCUUCAGACCCAACGAGAACAACCCUUCCUCAUCCUCUCUUAGAUUGCUCCCCCCUUGUACCGAGCCCAAGUUUGAUUAUUGCCGCGGCGAUCACCGCCUACGUCGUCGACCUUCAAAUGCUACUACUACUCCCAGCCUGCUGCAUAUGAUAUCCUUGGGCCUAUGGUGCGGAGACAAAGAGGAGUUCGUGGUGGCACAGCUCACUCUUUACGUACCCGCCAUUGACCGCGGCCGCACUAAGGCCUUCGCUGACAUCUGCUUGCUGCGCUCCUCCUUCACUGGCGAUCAGCUUGGCGGCAAAUGGGACUCCAAUCGUGUGCAAAUCCUGUCCCCUCACAAGCCCUCUGCUGAUGAUCUCUUGGAACUCUCCCGCUGGCAGACCACCGCCGUCAUCCCCUUCCAAAAAUGGCUGUGCUGGAUCGACUACAACCGAGGCAUACUCUUCUGCGACGUGUCCAAUAAAGUGCCCGCCCUUACCGUCUCCUUCCUCUGGUUCCCUGAGGACAAGUCCCCUCUUACCAGAGCCCGCAAAGCCACAUCCGGCACCAUCGGUGGCGUGUCCGUCAUCGACCACGGCCGUUUGCUCAAGUUCGUCCAUGUCGCCCGCCAUGAUGACCUUGCCUAUGGAGCGCUCCAACCCGGCACUGGCUUCACCAUCACCUGCCACACCCUCGUGAUAGGCGGCAGCAUGGCGUGGAAGGAGGACUACACUGUCACCUCUGAUGACCUCCCUGACCGCUACCGACGCGGCAUCCCCAUUCACCCUCAAGUCGACAUUGACAGGCCACAUGUAGUGCACUUCCUUUUCCUUGAGUUUGGAAAAGCCUUCGAGAAGAUGUCGGUACUCUCCAUAGACAUGAGCACAAAGACCGUGAAGUCAUUUUAUCUGUAUAUGGAUGGGAAUGAGAUCCUUCAACCCGACGACGACAUUGACUUCAUCAGCUCAACGUCCGCGUAUCCCACUCCCUUGCCCUUCCGCCCUUGUGAGUUCCCCAGGUUCUGCUAUUUAUCAAGGAAGAGGAAGGAUAUGGAAUAAUGAGUCACGGCUGCCAAUAGUACUUCAUCCUACUUGUCGUGCUUUCUUCUAAAUGGUCAAAACUGAAGAAAGGCUUCUGUCCUGAUCUGUCGUCAACAAAACUGAAGGAGCUAUUUCAUGUUGUGGCCCAGGAAGCAUCUAUCUUAUGGUCUGUACUUUCAUGCUGUAUGAACGGAUAAGUUAGUUGUAUCGUGUGUUCUGUAGGUUCGUCAAAAAGGAAGUUCGUCGUGUGUCCUGCUGUUUUAAGUACAAUCUUUAAUUUGUCAUUGUGUGGAUGUGCCACUUGGUUCUUGAACUUGCACGUGUUAUACCAAGUCUGUAUGUGAAGUUUAAUCUCUAAGUUUGCUUGUGUUUAAUUUA